UCCCGCUCUCGCGGCAGUCUCGCGGUAUUUGCUUCUCCCGCGGGAGUUUUUUGAACGCUCUGGCGGUAACCCCACCCUGGGUGCUUAGCUGCCGGCUGACCCGAGCCUGAGGCAACCUUGGAGUUUUGUCCUGCGGUCGGUGGGGUCCGCUGUACCCCUGCGCGGACGAGGCUCGUCCCAGCCUAGUCACGGCGCCAUGGGGGCGGAGAAGAAGCUGCUGUCGGUUAAGGAGGCCUUUCAGUUGGCGCAGCAGCCGCACCAGAACCAGGCGAAGCUCGUGGUGGCGCUGAGCCGCACCUACUGCACGAUGGAUGAUAAGACCAUUUUUCAUGAGGAGUUUGUUCAUUACCUUAAGUAUGCUAUGGUGGUCUAUAAACGUGAGCCAGCCGUGGAGAGAGUAAUAGAAUUUGCAGCAAAGUUUGUUACUUCAUUUCACCAAUCAGAUACGGAAGAUGAUGAGGAAGAGGAAGAUCAUGGCAUUUUAAAUUAUUUGUUUACCUUUCUUUUAAAGUCUCAUGAAGCAAACAGCAAUGCAGUUAGAUUUAGAGCAUGCCAGCUCAUAAACAAGCUCUUGGGAAGUAUGCCAGAAAAUGCCCAGAUUGAUGAUGAUUUGUUUGAUAAAAUUAAUGAAGCCAUGCUUAUUAGAUUGAAAGAUAAAAUUCCAAAUGUGAGGAUACAGGCGGUUCUGGCUCUUUCACGACUUCAGGAUCCCAAAGAUGAUGAGUGUCCAGUGGUUAAAGCAUAUGCUACUUUGAUUGAAAAUGAUUCAAAUCCAGAAGUUAGGCGGGCAGUGUUAUCAUGUAUUGCACCAUCAGCAAAAACUUUACCAAAAAUUGUAGGGCGCACCAAGGAUGUGAAGGAGGCUGUGAGAAAGCUGGCUUAUCAAGUUUUAGCUGAAAAGGUUCAUAUGAGAGCUAUGUCCAUUGCUCAGAGAGUCAUGCUUCUUCAACAAGGUCUUAAUGACAGAUCAGAUGCUGUAAAACAAGCAACGCAGAAGCAUCUUCUCCAAGGCUGGUUACGUUUCACUGAAGGAAAUAUAUUAGAGUUGCUUCAUCGGUUAGAUGUGGAAAAUUCUUCUGAAGUGGCAGUCUCAGUUCUGAAUGCCUUAUUUUCAGUGACUCCUCUUAAUGAGCUGGCAGAAAUCUGUAAAAAUAACGAUGGCAGGAAACUGAUUCCAUUGGAAACAUUAACUCCUGAAAACGCUUUGUAUUGGCGUGUCCUUUGUGAAUAUGUGAAAUCGAAAGGAGAUGAAGGUGAAGAAGUUUUGGAGCAGAUUUUGCCAGAGCCUGUAGUAUAUGCAGAGUAUUUACUAAGUUAUAUUCAGAGUAUUCCAGUUGUUAAAGAUGAGAAGAAAAGUGAUUUUUCCUAUAUUGGAAAUUUGAUGUCAAAAGAGUUUAUAGGUCAACAAUUGAUUCUAAUUAUCAAAUCUUUGGAUACAAGUGAAGAAGGAGGAAGGAAACGACUACUGGCUAUUUUACAGGAGAUUCUUACUCUGCCCACAACCCCAAUAUCCCUACUUUCUUUUCUUGUUGAGAGAUUGCUCUGCAUUGUUACAGAUGAUAAUAAGAGAACACAAAUUGUUACAGAAAUUAUCUCUGAGAUUCGGGCGCCCAUUGUUACUGUUGGUGUUGAUGAUCCCGCUGAUGUAAGAAAGAAAGAACUCAGGAUGGCUGAAAUAAAAGUUAAACUGAUUGAGGCAAAAGAAGCUUUGGAAAAUUGCAUUAACUUACAGGAUUUUAAUCAAGCAUCAGAAUUAAAAGAAGAAAUAAAAGCAUUAGAAGAUGCCAAAGUAAAGCUAUUGAAAGAGACAGAGCAACUUGAAAUCAAAGAAGUUCACAUAGAGAAGAAUGAUGCUGAAACACUACAGAAGUGUCUUAUUUUGUGCUAUGAAUUGUUGAAGCAGAUGUCCACUUCAACAGGUAUAGGUGCAACCAUGAAUGGCAUCAUUGAAUCGUUGAUUCUUCCUGGAAUAGUAAGUGUUCAUCCUAUAGUAAGAAAUCUGGCUAUUUUAUGCUUGGGCUGCUGUGGACUACAGAAUCAGGAUUUUGCAAGUAAACACUUCGUAUUAUUAUUGCAGGUUUUGCAAAUUGAUGAUGUGACAAUAAAAAUAAGUGCUUUAAAGGCAAUCUUUGACCAACUGAUGACAUUUGGGAUUGAACCUUUUAAAACUAAAAAAAUCAAAGCCCUUCAAAGUGAACAUGCAGAAAUAAACACUGAUGGAGACCAAGAGGUAAAAGAAGCUGAAGAAGAGACUGCUACAGCCAAGAAUGUUCUGAAACUCCUUUCUGAUUUCUUAGAUAGUGAGGUGUCUGAACUCAGAACAGGAGCUGCAGAAGGAUUAGCCAAGCUGAUGUUCUCAGGGCUUUUGGUCAGCAGCAGGAUUCUUUCUCGCCUUAUCUUGUUAUGGUACAAUCCUGUGACUGAAGAGGAUAUUCGACUUCGACAUUGCCUGGGCGUGUUCUUCCCCAUGUUUGCUUAUGCGAGCAGGACUAAUCAGGAAUGUUUUGAAGAAGCCUUUCUUCCAACUUUGCAAACACUGGCCAGUGCCCCUGCAUCUUCUCCCUUAGCUGAAAUAGAUAUCACUAAUGUUGCUGAGUUACUUGUAGAUUUGACAAGACCAAGUGGAUUAAAUCCUCAGGCCAAAAAUUCACAAGAUUAUCAGGCCUUAACAGUUCAUGACAAUUUGGCUAUAAAAAUUUGCAAUGAGAUCUUAACAUGUCCGUGUUCACCAGAAAUUCGGGUCUAUACGAAAGCCUUGAGUUCUUUAGAACUCAGUAGCAAUCUUGCUCAAGAUCUUUUGUUUCUGUUGAAUGAGAUGCUGGAGGAAGUAAAAGAUAGGACAUGUGUGAGAGCUCUGGAGAAAAUCAAGAUUCAGUUAGAAAAAGGAAAUAAAGAGUAUGGUGACCAAGUGGUAGCAGCACAGGAUGCCAACAUGAAUAUGACUGGUUUUCAAAUUGAAGAUGAAAAUCGUAAAGAAGCAUAUAGAACCCCUCUCAGGGAUGUAAAAGCAACUGGAGCAUCAAAAUCCACUCAGCAGAAGACUAACAGAGGACAGAGAAAAGUGACAGCUUCAGCUAGGAUGAACAGGAGACACCAUACUGCUCAGGUUGACUCUGAAAGUGACCCUGAAGUUCCAGAGCCAGAAUCAGAAAUGAAGAGGAGAUUACCAAGACGAGCCAAAACAGCAGCACUAGAAAAAAGUAAAGUUAACCUUGCACAGUUUCUCAAUGAAGAUACAAGUUAGAAGAGAUGAUGGAGGUGAAGUCCUUUUGACCAUGUCCUUUAAAAUUAUGUUCAGUUCUCUGCUCUAAUACAGUUACUCUUGUAUCAAAAUUAGAAAAUGCCUCAUGUAGCAAUUUGUGCUGUGCGAUUCAUUACUUUGCCUGUACUGAAGCAUCAGGACAGCGCCUGUCAGUGUGCUCCACCGACACCUGCAUCAGUCACGUGGAUUUAAUCAGGAUCUAAGGUGGGCCUAGGAACCUGCUGCUUCAGUAGGUUUCCAGGGGAUGCUUAUGAACUCUCAUGUUUAGUAUGGCAUUAUGGACAGCUUUUCAGUGUAACUAGCUAGUAGCUUGCAUUUAGGAAGCUUUGAUUUAGGUGUGGCCCAUGCAACAUCAAUGAAAACACUUCAGAACACAUUAAAAAGGGACAUCUCAAGGGCAAAUGAAGUACCACAAACUGGCUAGAAAGGAGCUUACCUUAAGGGAGAAACAGUACAAUGAACUUAAAGUACCCAGCAUCUAAGUCAAAGUUAUUUUGAUAAUUUUGUUUUGUGAUUCUUACACUAAAAAUAUUUUGGUAAUGCUACCUGAAUGGGUAAUUUCUCUUCUUAAAAUAUUUGUAUCUGAGAGCCCUCGUUUGCUUAUGGUUGUGAUGGUGUUUCUUGGGUUAGGGAGAUGUUCACAUAUAUGUAUAUGUAUAUAUAAGUAAUCCCUAUACCCAGUGUGGGGCUUGAACUUGACCCCAAAAUCAAGAGUCACCGGCUCUACCAACUGAGCCAACUGGGUGCCCCACCCCCCCCUUACACAUAUUAAUGCUGGAGUUGCUUUCUGUGUUUUUGGCAUAACAAAAUAAUAUUGUGGAUAAUAAAAGAGAAUGCUAGUGAGAAAAGUGUGACAGGAAAUCCUUUACAUACUAGUUUAUGAGCACUUGUUCUGUCACUGUCCAUUUCACUUUUCUUCUCAAACUGGCACUUGCCUGACCUGGGGAACUUCUAGCGUGUGAACUGAGCCCUGCUUCCUGCUGCAACACCCAGCAAAAUGCACGUUCUUCUCUCUCUGGUACUUACCUUUUCUCUUUAUUAUCCAGAACAGAAAUGUCCUAACAAACAUUGGAUCUGUACUAAUAAUGAUUGUGCUUUUUAAGGUUUAUUCACUAGAGGCCGUUUUUUUUUAAGGUGAUGUUGUAAGAGCUAAAUUAAGAUCGUUGUGCUUUUUAGAACCAAAUUGCUAUAUUACAUACAUAUAUAUGUGCUUUAUAAAACUCAGAAAUAUAAAAGGAGUCUGAAAGUUAUAAAGUAAGAAUGCUUAUUAAGCAAAAGGAAAAGGCAGAUAUGGUGGUGAUAUAAAACAAUAAAAAAUGAUUGUUUUUCAUUC